AUGAGCAAAAACAUCCUUUCGAUAUGUUUUUUCAUUGCUCAAUUUCAUUCAUCAAUUCUUGAUCUCAUGUUUUCCGAAAUUUUCGACUUUCAGGACUUCGGUCUUGUGGAGGUACCAAAGAAUGAAUACGGGCAAUUCUACACUGGCGACUCCUACAUUGUUAUGAAUACAAAAUGGAAUGCAUGGGAUAUACAUUUUUGGCUAGGCCAAAACGCUUCACUUGACGAGAUUGGAACUGCGGCCAUGAAGGCGGUUGAGAUUGAUCAAGCCUUGGGUGGCAUCCCGGUACAAUACAGAGAAGUCCAAAAUCACGAAACACCGCUCUUUCUUUCGUAUUUCCCUGAUGGAAUCAGAUAUAUGGCGGGCGGAUAUGACAGCGGAUUCCACAAAAUAGAAGAUAUGUUCAAGAAUUGGAAACCGAAGCUAUUCCACUGCAAAGGAAAGAGGAACGUUCGCUGCACGCAGGUUGAAUUCAAAAAGGAGUCACUGAACCGAGGAGAUGUGUUCUUACUGGAUCUUGGCAAAGAGAUUUACGUCUGGAUGCCGCCAGAGAGUGGGCGUCUCGAAAGAAUCAAGGGAAUGACUCGAGCUAAGAAUAUCGCCGAUCACGAGCGAGCAGGACAUUCCAAAGUUUAUAUUCUAGAUUCUGACUGGGACACAGAUGAAACUUUUUGGUCCUACUUUGGAGGUCUAGGUGCGGUCAAGAGCAUCGCUAAAGCGAAAGAAGAUGACGAAGGCUAUUGGAAACGAACAACGGAGAAGGUGACAUUGUAUAGGGUAUCGGAUGCUUCUGGUGCGAUGAAGGUCGCCAAAGUUGCUCAGGGAGAAAUAAAGCGCAGUCAGUUGGAUUCAAAAGAUGCGUUCAUUCUUGACGCGAUUGUUGGUGGAGUUUUUGUGUGGAUCGGCAAGGAGUGCACUAUGGACGAACGUGCGCAGGCCAUGCUUAUGGGAUCAAAAUAUUUGAAAGAAAAGAAUCUUCCAACGUACACGUCAGUGACUCGAGUGCUGGAAUCAGCUGAACCGCAGUCAUUUAUACAAUGGUUUGGAGAAUGGAUCGAUGACAAAACGAAAAAGACCUUCGAACCACGUCUGUUCCAAGUUUCGGAUGAGUCCGGAAAAAUGGUCGUAGAAGAAAUUGCCAACUACAAUCAGGAG